AAGUAUGUAAUAUUUCUAAAAUUUUUUAUAUAAAUUAUUGAUACAUUUUUACAGCAAUAUCACAUAAUUAUUUCUGCAAUGUUUGAAUGUCCGUCAUCAUUUUAAAUGCAACCUUGCUGAAAGAUUUCAGAAAUAUUUCGAUAAUAUUACUGAAACAUUAUACAAUAACACAAUUAAAUACAUAAUUAUACAGCAUUGAAAGAUUGCAUUCACAUUGCAACAAUUUUUUAGUGCAAUACAAUAUUACAAUUACACUGUGAAAUUUUGAAUUGCAUUGCUGUCGUUGGAUUGCAAUUGUCCACUUUUGAAAAAUUGCAGUAAAACAUUAUAGCAACAUUGCAAUGCAAUGAAUUAGCAAUAAUACAGUAUAGUGACUGCGUUUAACAGCAGCUUGCAAUUGUUAUAAAAUUCUCCAUAAUUAGUUUAUAUAAUUGGCAAAAAUUAAUAAAGAAUUUUACAACAAUUAUAAAGCUGCUUUUUCUGCUGAACAUAGCCAUUGUUGCUGUAUUUAUCGAAUAAUGUAUAUAAGAAUAUUUUUAUUUUAUAGAAAUAAAUAUAUCACUAUAUUUUAAUUAAAUAUUUUUAUUUACAAUUAUAUUAUACAUAUAUUUGACUAUUGCCAAUACGAUUCAAACAAAGAUCGAUUAUUGUUAAAUUUUUUUAUGUUUAAAUAUUGCAAAAAAUUAUGUUAUUAUAGUAUUUUAUAUUUUUUAAAUAUAUUAUAUUAAAUAUAUUAUAUUUAUGUAUUAUAACAUAUAUAUUAUAAUAUAAAAAAUAUAAAAUAUAGAGGAGAAGGUGGUAAUAUGACCGGGUAUUUACAUUUUGUAUAAUAGCUUUGUUAAUAAUUAAUAUUUUUAGUCGAAAUUUUACGAUUAUAUUCAUCAAAGUGUUGUUCAUUACAUUUUUAAUUCAAUAUUAUGAAAUAUUUACCAUAUUAUAUAUUACUUAUAAAAAUGUAGUGACACUGCAUAAUAGGCCGAAAAGAGACAGAGAAAGAUACCACAAAAAUAGAUUAAGAAAUUGAUUUUGUUUAAAAAUGGGACAGUAUUUUGUUAGAAAAUUAUAUGUUUAUGUAAAAUAAGUUGUUAUAUUAAAACAAGUAAUUUUUUAAUUUAUGAUUAACAGGAAUUAAAUAAAAAUAACUUUUAAAUUGAAAGUACGAAUUGCUAAAUAUUUGAUAAAUAACAAGGAUGCUCGCGAGCGUUGCAAACGUUAAGUAGAACGUACCCAAAAUAUAUUGUGCUAUAAUUAUAGAAAAAAAAUAAAAUAUUGCAAAAUACAUACAUUUACACAUCUCCUCUUUUUUCUGUCGCAAGACAUACUCGAUAUGUAUAUUGUCACGUGAAUGGUUAAUGAUACCACAACGACAAUCGAUUUAUCGAGGAAUUGUCUCGAGAUUGAGAUUUUGAAAAAGUGACCAUAUUACCAGCAUGCUUAGAUGGCUAUAUUAACAAGAUCUUAUAUUAUUAAUAUACAUUUGGGUGAUAAUGCGUUUAAGUGUAAAAAGAAUGAGGAAGUAUGUGUACUCUUUAAAUUUCUUAAAGUGAAAAUACUGCCACUCCAAUUUUUCGAGUGAUUUUUCACUCAAUUUUGAGUGAUUUUUCACUCUUUAAGAGUGAAAUUAUUACCACUCCAAUUUUUUUUCACUCUUAAAGAGUGAAAAAUCACUCGAAAUUGAGUGAAAAAUUGAGUAACUCGAAAAAUUGGAGUGGCAGUAUUUUUACUCUAAGAAAUUUAGAGAGUAAUUAAACGUUAAAAUGUACCUUAAAAAAUUUUCAAAAUUUUCGAUUGAAAAAAUGUCUUAUAACAAACAGCUGUUACACUUUGUCAUAUUAGCGCCACUAUAUAACAUUAGGCUACUAAACAAAUAAUAUCACAAAUAAUUAUAUUACCACCUUUAUAUUAUAUUACCAUCUUUUCCUCUAUUAUUAUAUUAAAUUAUAAAAUUUAUGAUUUUGUGCAAUGUUUACCAAACAUUAAUGCCAUGUUGCUACGAGUGUGUGAAUUUAUAUAUCUGUAAUGUCUUUAUAACGUUGCACUACAACAUUAUAACAUUGAUGUAACGUAGUUGCAAUGAUCUAUGCUGUACGAAUAAUGGCAAACUGCCUCUUCCCUUUAUUUUGACAUAAUUUCCUGCAAAACGAUUUGAGUAACAAAAUGGACUGUAGCAACAAAUUAGCAUAACUGGCACUAAAUUUUUACACUAGAUACGAAUUUAAUUUGCGAUGAUGGAGAAUCUAGAUUAAGGAAUUUUAGAGGUACUUCUAAAAACUUGGAUGUCAAGGCAUGCAUGUCUAUGCAAAGUUGUCCAAAAAUAUAAUUUUUACAUAACUUUUUAAUUGCGUUUUUUGUGCAAUUUUGAGACGCAAAAAUUUUUUUUGUCACAUUCCACCUGUAAUAUUAUGUCGUUUCGUCAGUUGAAUGGACGAUUCUAAUGAUCGCCAUGAUCUUUUUUGCCCUCCCUUUUCCCUCCCUCUCUUUCCCUCCUCUCUCUUCUUUCUUCCUCCUUCCUCUCUUUCUCCCUCUUUAUCUUUCUCUCACUCGCUUGUUCUCUCUUCCUUCUUUCCCUUUGUCUCGCGUCUCUCUUUACUUUCACCUGGAUCUCCGCUAAUGGUUACAUCCGCUAACCUGGGAGAGUUAUGCUUUAUUUACGAUAAUUUCUCAAAUCGAAGACAAGUUGUACAUGAACUAUCUCAUGCGAAUAUCUCUCCGAGCACUUUUAACCGACGAUCUUAUACGUAAAGGAAAUCAGAAAAAAAAAUUAAUUGAUAAUAGAUGUGUUGCUUGAUGAAUAUAAAGAUCAAUUUUCUUUAACGUGGGCUUUGCCUUUUAACCUAACCUAACCUAACCUAACUUAACCUCCAUGUUUCAGUUUUAAAUAAGUUACACUCUGCAUUAUAUUCUGCAAUAAAUGUUUAAAUAGAACCAAUCUUUUUUUAAAAUUAUUUUUACAUAUUCUUUCUUCCAAUCCAUACUUUUCUGGCAGCCAUCUUUCCUUUUCUACUUAAUUAAUGUGAUUAAAUUUUUAUACCUCUUCUAUUUCCUCAUUUUUCCAUUCUUAUUUUUCUUCUGCUCUCUAUCUCAUCUAAAUAUUAAAAAUAGGCCAUUUCAUUUUUAUAUUUGACAUUUUAUUGGUCCAAUAUAUGUUUUUAUAUGAAACAUUUUUUUCCGGAAAAUGUUCACACAUCUUUACAAUUUACUAAAAAAGUCACUCUCACUGAUUUCAAAUUUCUCUGAGUUUCUCUAUUUAUUUCCGCACUCGCUACAGAUGUACAACUGAUUUACAUGUAAAUUUAAUAAUCAACGCUGUAGAAAAAAUAAUAGUGUGUUAGGUGGAACAUAAUCAAUCUAAUGAGGACUCGGUUAAGUAACGGAACGUAAACGCACGAUGAAGGAAAUGGCGCCGUCCAGUAGCGUACAGAUCGGUUGUUGCCGCCUGUCGACAUAUACCCGAGCAGCCUGCAAAUUGUUUUACAUUGCUCGACAGCUUAUUGACAUCUCAUGCAUCGAGCAUUCAUUAAAGAGAUACGUGGACUGCACCGUACUGGGCGCGGGUAGUAUGCCGGAUGCCGAGGAUUCCUCAUAUGACAGCGAUUACGAGGUUGAAGACUCAACGACAACAACGGCGACGGCGACGACAACGACGAUGACAGCAACAACAACGACACGACGUUUGCGCUCGGAGUCACAGGUAUCCUCAGCGCAUCCGGACGUGUCUCGUACCACGUCCGAUACUCUGGCGGCCGAAUUUGUAGAGUACGUUACCAUCCAAGGAUCAUCACCCACGCAGAGCCCAGGUUAUAUUGCUCGCGUGGAGUUUGCCCUUAAGCUGGGCUACACCGAGCAGUUGGUGCAAGCAGCGCUGCAGAAACUAGGUCCAGAUCCGGGUCAGAAUGAACUACUGGCCGAGUUGAUCAAACUUGGGGCUACUUGUUCCCCAAAGUUUACCGACGGUCCCGAAGAAGCGGACAGUCUACUAGACGCUGAACCGAGCAUUAACGAAGGCGGAGAGUCAAUCUUGACCUCGAUGAUGCCAACAAAUGCCACGGCGACGAAUUUAAUUUCAUCAAUAGACCUGAGACCAGUUGUCAUUGAUGGUAGCAAUGUUGCUAUGAGUCAUGGUAACAAGGAGAUAUUCUCCUGUCGCGGCAUCAAAAUCUGCAUCGAUUGGUUCCGUACCAGGGGUCACAAAGAAAUUACUGUUUUUGUGCCCAAGUGGCGAAAGGAAGCCUCGAGACCUGACAAUCCGGUCGCCGACCAAGAAAUCUUGGGCGAGCUCGAGAAGGAUCGUCUGCUUGUAUUUACACCUUCCAGGUUGGUAGGCGGAAAGCGUAUGGUGUGCUACGAUGAUCGGUAUAUUCUGAAGUUAGCUGCGGAGGUUGAUGGCGUCGUCGUCAGUAACGACAAUUACCGGGAUUUAGCACAAGAGAAUCCCGAGUUCAGAAGGGUCAUCGAGGAGAGAAUUCUGAUGUAUAGUUUUGUAAAUGAUCGCUUCAUGCCGCCAGACGAUCCGCUCGGCAGAAGCGGUCCUACUCUGGAGAAUUUUCUUAGAAUUACUCCCAAGAGAGUCGAUCCUGCUCCUCCAUGCCCUUACGCCAAGAAAUGUACAUAUGGUAACAAGUGCAAAUUUCGGCAUCCCGAGAGAGGAUCGCAUCCACAUAAAUCUGUGACUGAGCGAUUGGUGGAGCACGCCCAGCGUCAUUUGCAGGCCCGUGGGCCCAGCUUGAGCUUGCCGCUACCGUCCACAAACGUCUUUUCGCAGCAUCCGCCACUCUGCAAGACUAGAUCAGCUGUGCCGCCGACUGUUGUUCAACCAUUGUCAUCUGUUCCGAAGAGCAAAUCAGUAGAGAAUGUCACAUCUGAUUUGUCUGCAACUAGUCUCGUUAUGUAUAACCAGCACAUAUCUCCAGCACUCCAGAAUCUUCAAGGUUACCCUGGAGUAAACUGGACCACACCAAGAGUGAGCAGUUCUGAACCAGAAUCGGUGAACAUGCAUCGCAAAUUACAGCGGCAGCUGACUCUGAAUCCAGUGUGUGAUCCGCGACUCUAUCAACUCAGACGAUAUCAUCAGCAACAGCAACAGCAGCAAACUGGCCAGUCACCGCAACAACAGCAAUCUGUCAUUAACCUAUCACGCUCCAAUAUGCAACACCGACCGUUGACGAGACUCGCCACGAGUAAUGAUUCGUCGUAUCCUGUUACUGCCAUGAGCUGGGACAAUCCCGACUGUCUUCAGCAUCACCAACACGUAAUGCGUAUCGCUUCUGCCCCGGAUUCUUACAGAGCGUGGCCAUCGCGUGGUACCGCCUUGAUACCUCCAUCGCGAGUGCAAAGGCUAGGCACCUCGGACCCUCAGCUGAACUUAUUACCAUCCACAAGUUUACACAUGCCCUGGGAUACACAGACUCAGGACGUACGACGUCGCCUGCAUUACCACCUUGCCAACAUCUUUCCUCAAGAACAGGUGCAAGCUGUUAUGGCGCUUCAUCCUCACGAGACUGAUCCUCAGUAUAUUUGUGCCGCCAUCCUAGCAAUGUUUCCCAAGAAUCAGAAUUGAUGCAAUUACGAAUUAUUUUAUAUACAAAAUAUUCAAGAAAGUUGGUGCAAUGAAAAUUACGCACGGUAAUUUUUUAUUGUUUUUAUAGGUAUCUUGUAUAUUGUAAACAAACUAUAAUGCAAAAUGCAAGUUUAACGAUUACUGUAAUAAUUACAGUAUAAUUAAGAACAGUAAGUUUAACUCUGUGUUGAUAUUUUUUAUCUGAAUCCAAAUGUCCGCCAUAUUAUCGUAUGUGGCGACCUAUAAAAGCGCAAGUGAAAAUAUUCACAGAUUUAAGUUUGAGUGAAACUUAUUGUAUAUACUAAUGUGAUAUUAAGGUUCGACCAAAUUAUGUCUGAAAUACUGAAAGAAUUCCUAUCGUUGCGUUAUUUGUAAUCAGGAGAAUCUGUAACCUGUUAGAGCGUUUUGGAAAAAAAUAAGGUAAAUAAAAAUGUAUUCUGAUAUCUCGAUUUGCAAUAUAGUGCAGUUGAGAUGUAGGUAAUCUCAUUUUUUAUAAUGUUUUAGAUAUCUUUAAAGAAUAAAUUACAAAGUCUUGCUUUUUAACAGGUUUCAUAGUUUCAUAAAACAUAAGCUAAAAAAUAUAGUGUACUUGACGUAUAGUGUAAUGGAUACGUAAUGGAAAUUAUAGAUUUUUAGUAUUGGCAGUAAUUUCGGAAUGCAGCUUCUGUCGAUCUGUAACUGUGUAUUGAAAAUAGUAAGAGCUCGUUUUACCAUUUCUGAUUACUUUGACCGGCUAAUUAAAUUUAACAAUAACCAACUACGAAAUUUAACUCUAGAACUUCAAACAGUGCACUGGGUUAUAAAUGUACCCUACUCUUUUGGAAGCGUUUUACAUUGAACAGAUGGACUGAAAUUAAUAUUGUACUAUAUGAAUUUCUUCAUUUUUUUUAUGACAAAAAUGAUGGUAUAAUUUAUAAUAUUAAUUAACAUUAAACACAUUAUUAAUUUAAACUAAAAAAAGAAUAGGCAAUAGAAUUCGAAGUCUGUCCGAAUUCAAACUUAUUUAAGUUCAUAGAGCAAAGCACCAAAGAAUCUUAUCUUCAUAUAUGUAAUAAGAUUAUAAUGCCUAUAAGUGAAAGGAUCAUCGAUGAAAUAAGACAAGAAAAGUUACUUCGUGCAUAAGAUGUGUGCGGAGAUGGUUAAAUAUGAAACUGAAUUAUACAAUCGUAGAUACAUAUGAAAAUGGGAUACAAUAUAUAAAUAAAAUUAUACAUAUACGGCACUCACAUUUACAAUAUUUACAUAUAUGUUUUCUAUGAUAUCACAUACACAUAUGCACACACCAAAUAUAUUGAAUGUGAAGUCUUGAAAAAAAUUAAUCUGUCUUUAAAUUGUUCUCAUAAUUUUAUACACGUUAGCAUCUAUUUUUCUCCCUCUAAAAGAAAUUGUCACGCAUAUGUAUAACGGACAAAGUCUUCUAUCAAAUGUAGAGAAUGAUAUCAUCUGCACUGUAAUAUUUUCGUUUUUUUUUCCAAUUGGUAAUGUCUUAUUACAUAUAUGAUAAUCUUAAACAGGCUUAGCUUUGGCCUGUUAGCAUCUAUUCUUUUUUGUUUAUUCUUUAUCUCACUUUAGAGAGAUGAAGAAGUAAAGCUCAAGCUUGCAAGUUAGGUUUGAACAGGUAUAUUUUAAAUUAAUAAUUAAUCAAGUAAUUUUUUAAUAAAAUAAAGUUUUUUUUAAUUAAAAUAAAAAGUGACGACCUUAAAAAAAUAUAAACAAUAUACUAACAGAGUUGCAUAUUGGUUUAUUGCAUCUAAUAAUAUAAAAAUUUUACUAUUUUAACUUACGUUUUACAAAGCUGCAAAAUUUUCUAAAGACUCAAAGAAAAAGGGCUUAUAAGGCCAAAAAUAGCCUAUAUGAAUAACCGACUGAAUUUUAUAUAUAUGAAAGGGUGAUGAAUGUAGUAUACAUCAUAUUUUUUCAAUUAUCUCGAGAAAAGCUUGCGCUUAUUAUGAAAAUCGAAGAUGUUUCGAGUGAUUUCGUAUAUACGCAUGCAAUUGUUGCUGUAAGGGUCGAUUGUAAAGUUAGUUUUUCUGGAUACUGUUGGUCAUUAAAUACUUCGUAUAUACGCAUGCAAUUGUUGCUGUAAGGGUCGAUUGUAAAGUUAGUUUUUCUGGAUACUGUUGGUCAUUAAAUACAAAUGCUGUCUAAACGAAAAGUUCAAUGUCAGUCCCUAGGAUGUUAACAAUUAAUGCAUUUUAAUUAACACAGGAUCUGAAUCUUUAAUAACAUAAUCUUUCAUGUAUGUAAUAUAAUUCAAAUACAAAUGUAAUAAAAAUGAAUAACAGCUAUACAUUUAUAUAGAAAUUCUAAUAUUUAUAUAAGUACUUACAAAUCUAUACUGUACAUAUCUAUACUGUACAUGCACAUAUGAAGUAUUUGAUUUUUAAUUAAUUUUUUUGAGUUAUUUCAUUAAAUAUAGUAUAAUUUUGUUUAAUCUAAAUGCUUUUAAGAACAAGCAAUUACGAAAAUUAUGAUUAGAUCGGCUCUUACAGGAAUAUUGCAUGCGUAUAUGCGAAAUUAUUUAAAACAUCUUCGAUUUUCAUAAUUAGCGCAAGCUUUUUUCGAGACAUUGAUUAUAAAAAUAUGUAUAUUCAUCACUCUUUUAUAUAUGUAUAUAAAAUUGAGUCUGUUCCCCAUGUUUACCCAUAUAGACCAUUUUUGGCCCUUUCUUUUUUUAUAAUUUAGCCUUUAAAAUAUUGUAAUAAUUAAAAUUAUAUGUAUUUUAGCUAUACUAUAGUGCGGAUAGAAAUAUCAGAAUAAAUUUUAUUUUAUUAAAAAAAAUGCUUUUUAAAAAGAUGCAGGUAAUUUUUCUGAUUAUUAUAUUGCAAUUUUAUUAAGAUUUUUGCAGUAUUUUACUCAAAAAUUGUUAAAACAAAAAUUUGUUUUUGGCAGAUGUUUUUCCUAUCGGCCCUUAAUUGAUCAAAUCGUUACAAAGAAUAUUUAUAUAUUCGGAUCUUUAUGUGCUCCUCUCUCUCUGAAAUUUUCAAGUUUUAAUACGUUUUCGUCCUACUAGUGGAAAUAAGCUAGUAUUUUUUGGAUGGCAAAAACAAGAAACGAUAAUUAAUAACUCAACACGAAAAUCCAAGAAACGUACUAAUUUUUAAAAUGUUUUCUUAGAUUUUUGCAUUGUUUGGGAAUAAUUGACGAGAGAGAAAUGAUAAGUGCGCGCAUUUGUCUAGGGCAUUAUAACACGAAUCAAUUAUAUUAUUUGGGAAAUAAACGGUGAAAGGAUCCGUAUUUUAAUAUUUGUUGUUUAUAAUCAUAACAAACUUGCGUCAAUGUUUGUCGUCUCACAUUGAGCCGAUUAACUUAUUCUUUGACCGUAUUUGCGAAAUCGUUUUGUCUCAUUACCUAUUUUGCAAGAUUCAAAUAAAUCUUGUGUAAUUUAUUGUGGAGUAAUUAAUUUUUUUUAUAAAAUUCCAAGUUUAUUGCCGAUGAAUAAUAAUAUAAUUAUAAAUAAUUAAUAUAUCAUACUUUAUUCAGGACAUUCUAAGAAAAUUUUUACAACAACCUUUGCUGUGGAUGACACAUAUACAUGCAAAAAUAAGACAUGCUAGUGUGGAUGACAUAUAUGUGCAUCUCUUUUCUAAAAAGUGCAUGUUAUAUCGAUUAUUGCAAAUCUCGAAGUGAUUGUUGCCUUUCUUCCGCGAUGUUGAUCAGUUUUUUCGCUGCGCUUACUUUGUGUUACAAGAGUAGCUGUCAUUGCGAUUGAAUUUUGACAGCUGUAAAAUUUAUAUAGAUUGUUAUUUAUACAAUUAUCGUUGCAAUUUAUUUUUAAAAAGUAAAAAAUAAAAAGUCAAACCGCGCGCGAAGCGCGCGUCUGUGGUAUCUAGUCUUGAAAAAAAGAAAGUUUAAACUACCAGAAGUUUUAUAGUGGCAAGUCCAUGGUAUUCCAAGGUUUUUGAGACCGCUGAAUUCGAAUUUAAGGUCUAAAUUGAAAAAUUCAAAAUGGCGCAUCGAAGUUUUCAAAAAUAAUCAGAUUUUUUUGAAAAUGGGUUUCUAUAGAUUUUUUCGGUCGUUAAAUCUAAAUUUUAUGUCAAAAUUAAAAAUGGCGGAUCCAAUAUGGCACAUCAACAUUUUUAAAAAUAAUCAGAUUUUUUUUAAAGUGAGUUUCUAUAUUGGAUCCGCUAUUUUGAAUUUUGAAAUUCUGAUCUCAAAUUCAAAAUCAGCAACCCCAAAAAUGUAAAGAAUAAAUUUGAAUGAAAUUGUAAAGGAGAAUGUUGGAAUACCUCUCAAACUUAAUCGAGGUCGAUAAUGUAUGUAGAGUUAUUCGUGCACAUCAUUUAUUUUUCAUAUGACGCUAUUUAUCGACUUUUCACGUGUAUUUAACCUAAAUUUUUGUAGUGCGAUUUUGUUUCAAUUAAGGAGGCUCGAUACCUUACAAAAUAACUUAGAUAAUUCUAAUACUUGCACACAUUGUUGUCGGUGUUAAAAUACGUAUAUACACAAAAUUUCAGAUUAUAUUGCCGAUUAAAUAUUGAAGAAAAAUGCAAUUAAUUGUAGAUUGUAGAAUCUGAUUAACAUUGUUUUUAUGGGAAUAGUAAGAUUUUUCACCGGAAAUAAAAUGUAUUUUCUCGCUGAAAACAUCUGCGAGAGAAAACAAAAUUUAGAGUGGAAAGAUGGAAUUAUAAUUUUUUCAUUCAUGACAAGAACAAUGUUAAUAGCCGACCGUUUUUUAAAGAUAUUUAUCAUUAAAAUGUCAAGUAGAUGUUUGAUGUGAAAUUGCGGAGAUCGUGCGCGCAUAAUUCAAAUCUUACGUAUAACCUUCUUGUCAAUUUUUCUUUUUUUGUCUUUGUUUUCAAAUAAUGUUCCAUCUGAGCAACCACUUUUGCUUUGGUGAACUGACUUUUUUUUUCCUCGAGUUUGUCUGAUGUUAUUGUAGAACAUUUUGGACAGAAAGAAUUUUCGUCUAAUCAUACUUUAGAAAACCAUAUUUACAUUGCAUUUGUAAUUCAUAAAUAAAUAAAAAUAUUCAACAUUCUUAUCAUUAAAAUAAAAGUUAAAAUUAAUUUUUUUGUUUUUGUUCAAAUUCAUACAGAAUUAAGAACAUUUUAAUGUAAUACUUUAUUGAUUAGGGAUGUAGAUAUCGAGCCUCUUAAAGUAUCGAAGUCUAACUUUAAGAACUCCACAUUGUUCCUGUCAUCUACUAGUCUAGAAAUUUGAAUUUUGUCAGUACAAACUGCAGAUCUUUUAUAUCAAGCAAAUAUUGUUAUAUGACAGUUCUAGAUGCCACAAUGGACUAAAAGUACCCCGUAUAACUAAUAAUUUUUUUUGUUCUUGGUAUAAAGUUCAAUUCACAGACUAAUAUUAAUACGUAUACUUUAAUUCUAGAAAAGCAUUUUCAAAUCUGUAAAGGAAACAAAAAGAUUUUGCGUUACAAAAAAUGAUUGUCUCUUAAAACACAUAUGAGCAUUUUUAGAAGGCCUGCGCUGUUUAGGAAUAAUAAUUAUCCGAUUUUUAAGAAAUUAUUUAAUAGUUAAUUUAUUAAUCAAUAGACAAAUUAGUUAAGUCGAUUUCCCAGCAAAUUAGUUUAUUAGAAAAACAACGUUUUGACCAUUGAUUUUGGUCCUCUUCCUGUAUAAAUACAUAUGCUUGAUUUACGACAUAAUAAGUUGAGAUGUUCAGACGAAAUAUAAAGCAAGUUUUACAAGAGAUACAACAAAGAUGUAAAAUAAAUCAUAAGAAUAAAAAUGUAGCAAUAUAAGAAUAUAGAAUCCAGAGGCGAAGAGAAAGAUAUUAAAAGAAAUUACAAUAAAAUAUUGGAAACUUACAUGUCUAAAGUCAAUGAAUACAUUUAUAUACCAGGUAAAAAUUAAGAAUAAUAAGAUGUUAAACCAUAAUGUAAAAGCCCAAAUAUAAAAUACGUCUAACAUAUAACGAGUCAGCAAAUUGACUGAGGAUUAAUAACAAAACCAUCCCUAAAAUUUAUAUGGAGAGCAAAAAUUAAGCAUUCUUUAUUAUUCUGUUAUAUAGUGUGUUCAAGUUUUCGGUAUUUCUUUUGUAAGUUAAUUCUCGUUUUUUUCUUAUGAAAAACAUCUCGGCAAUCUCUUUUUCUUGUGUUUUUUUCUGUGUGUAGUACUCGAGGAGUUUACCACUCGAAAUCACGAUUUGCCGUAGUUCUGUGCUUACUGACUACCGAAUUUUCACUUUCAUUCUUUUUUAUGUCACUCAUAUGUUCUUUUAUUUGUGUCUCUAAGUGACGUUUAAUUUGUCCAAUGUAGGAUACAUUGCAACUAUUACAUUUUAAGUGACUCAUGUAAUGAAGGCAUAGAUUAAGGUUAAAUGGAAGAUUUGUACAUCUAAUCAACGGCUAAUCUUACUACGAUGCAGAAAAAUGGACGUUCUACCACCACAUAUUAAUCACAUACGAGCUAAUAUUCUUAAUCACAUACGAACUAAUAUAAUAAUUUCCUUUACAAAUAACCUUUUUGUUAAAAAACAAAAAAUAUUAAUGUUAAGAAACGUAAUGUUAAUCAACGUAUUAAAUCUUGAAAUUAAAGACAUCAAUUAUAAUUUAAAGUUUUUACGCUCAAAAAUUCAUAAUAUUGAGGAAUUUUUACAUGGUUACUUGCCUCGUGGCUUGAUCACAGAAUUCUUUAUAUAUCAUCAACAAAAAAUCAGCUGCUACAAUUGUACAAAAAAAUCAAUUUUUUUGUCAAAAAAAUACACAUAUAAACAAUUUUUUCAAUUUUGAUCAAAAAAUGGAUAAUAAAUAUUUGUAAUAAAGGCAUUCUCGAUAAUAUUCUUAAAUUCCUCAGCUUAGGCGAGAAAUUUUGCUGGGGUUGCCCAUGGACCAAUUUGAUAAAAAAAGUCGUGUUGGUUCUGUUAUUAAUAUAAUAAAAAAUUUUGAAACCAAUUGUCACAUAAUACAUCCGAAUUCUGUCGAUCUGGUAAGAGAUACAGUGACUAAUUUUUUGUUAAAGUUCCUCGAUAAUAAAAAUCACAUUAAUUUUAUGAACAGGCACAUUCUUAAUCAGUUUGCCGAAUGUAAGAAAUUUUUGCAAGCAAAUGGGGACAUUUUGUUACAAGAGCUGAUAAGGGAUAAGCCACUGUUAUUAUGGAUAGAAAUGACUAUAAUAGAAAAAUGCAUGACUCACUAGACGAUGUUUUCACCUAUAAAAAAAUUAAGACCCCAUAAAAAAGUUUAAUUCGAAAAUUCAUCAGCUUGUAAAAGCUUGGCUUAAUAAUGGGAUAAUAACAUCAUCGAUGAAAUUGAUUACAAGCGUCUUAGACGCACAACAGAAACCUUCCGAAAUGUUACGGACUUCCUAAAAUACAUAAGAAUGGUUUCUCUUUGCGCAUUAUUGUUUUAACUAUUGGAAGUCCAUUGUAUAAUAUCGCAUAUUUUUUACACCGAGAUCUCACAUUAAUAAUAGCUGGUCCUUUGGGAAUUCUAUUAAAAAUGUUAAUAUUAAUAAUAGACAAAGAUUAGUCUCAUUAGAUGUAUUGUAACAUCCUUGUUCACGAACAUUCCAAAAGAGCUGGUUUGAGGCCAUAAAAAAAGCAAUGAGAUCUCGGUUUAGACUAAAUUACAAUUAUCGCAUUUACUACAUACUGUUUAGUUUUUACUACGAGCUUUAGUUUUGACAGACAAUUUUAUGAGUAGUUUUAUGGUAGUCUUAUGGGGUCUCCAUUAUCUUUCAUUUUGACGGAUUUAAUACUUGAUGAUCUGGAAAUCAGUUGCUUGCAAAAAUUGAAUUUUGCUAUCUCAAUGUUUUAUCGAUAUGUUGAUGAUAUAACCACUAUAUUGUUAGAGAAUGAGAUUGAUUACGUUCUUUCAAUUUUCAACAAUUACCAUCCUAGAUUGAAAUUGACACAUGAGCUUAAAAAGAAUAGAUCAAUUGUUUUUUUUAAUACUAUUGUUAUUCAUGAAGGAAUCAAUUUAAUAAUAAAUUGGUACCGGAAACCUACGUUUUCAGGCUAUUAUGUAAAGUAUUUUUCUAACCAUCCAAUCCGAUAUAAGACGAACACCAUAAAACUUGGUGAUAGAGCAAUUUUAUUAUCUGACAAAAAAUUUCACCAAGCAAAUAUCACGUUAGUAAAAAUAUUUUUAAAAAUAACUAUUUUCCUGACGAUGUCAUUAACGAAUAUAUUAAUAGACAAAUCAAAGAAUUAAAAAAUUACACGCAUUCUUGCAACGAUAAUCCGACAAUUGAAAACGUUGGUUUUGACACAAAAAGUUGUUUAACGUUACCUUACAUUAAUGACAUUACUGAUGGUAUUAGUCAGAAUUUGAAGAAAAUUGGUAUUGACACUUUUCACCGUUUCAAAAAAGCUCGACACUAUCAUUAAAAAAGGCCAAGACAGACUAGACACUUUAAAAAAAACUGAUGUUGUUUAUCACUUAAAAUGUAAUAAUUGCAAUGUAUCUUACAUUGGACAAACUAAACGCCACUUAGAGACACGAAUAAAAGAACAUAUGAGCGACAUAAAAAAGAAUGAGAGUGAACAUUCGGUAGUCAGUAAGCACAGAACUACGGCAAAUCAUAAUUUCGAUUGGUAAACCUCUCGAGUACUACACACGGAAAAAAACACAAGAAAAAGAGAUUGCCGAGAUGUUUCUCAUAAAAAAGAAUGAGAAUUUAAUUAACUUUUACAAAAAGAUGCCGAAAACUUGAACACACUAUAUUACAGAAUAAUAAAGAAUGCUUAAUGUUUGUUCUCUAUAUAUAUCUUAGGGAAUUUUGUUAUUGAUCCUCAGUCGAUUUGCUGACUCGUCAUAUGUUAGACGUAUUUUAUAUUUGGUCUUUUACAUUAUGGUUUACCAUCUUAUUAUUCUUAAUUUUUACCUGGUGUAUAAAUAUAUUUAUUGACUUUGGAAGUGUUGACUUGGAAAUAAGUUCUCAAUAUUUUAUUUUAAUUUAUAUCUUUCUCUUUGCCUUUGGAUUCUAUAUUCCUGUACUGCUACAUUUUUAUUGUUAUGCUACAUUUUAUUUUACAUCUUUGUUGUAUCUCUUGUAGAACUUGCUUUAUAUUUCGUUUCGACAUAUCAAGUCGUUAUGUCGUAAAUCAAGCACAUGUAUUUAUACCUGAAGAAGAUCAAAAUCAAUGGUCGAAACGUUGUUUUUCUAAUAAACUAAUUUACCAGGAAGUCGACUUGACUAAUUAGUCUAUUGUUUAUUACCACUGACGACAAAAAAUUCACAUCAUAUUUUGGUUAAUUUAUUAAUUUCUAUUUCAUCUAUUUCAAAACUCUCUGUAACACAAAAAAA